UUUGAAUGUGCUACCUCAUGACCUUGGUACUCAAAUGGUUGUAAAAGUUGAGUUACCGAAUUUGGUAUAAAUAUAGGUUCAUAACGUUCAUCUACACAAAACUUUUGUGUGUGAUGUAGUUAGUGUAUGAAAAAUAGCAUCAUGAUCAAUAUAUUGAUGUGCCUAUGUGACUCCAUAUCUCACUGAAUUCAGCGGUUAAUCAGAGAAAUUCCUCUGAUUAACCACAAUUAAGUGUGGAUCAAAUCAUUGUUUAAAACUGGGGGCGAGCUGCAUUGUCCUCUAUUUCGUUCAUUUCAUCAUUUUCAUUCUUUCAGUGUAUGUGGCUGCGGUUUCAUCGUGAUAGUCUGUGUAGUAGGUCUUAACAAAUGUAAAUCUGUAUCACGUGCUAAAUUAAUUUAUACUGCCCAGUCUCUCUAUUUUGGUUAAAGUUUUGUUCGAUUUAAGUAACUUUUGAAGUCGCAAUAGAAAAUUUUGGGAAAAUGGUACAAAAACACCAACAUUUCCCCAGGUUUGGGGAAAAUCCCUAAAGUUUUGGGGAAACUGGGUUUUUCACAACAUUUCCCUAGAACUUUAUAACACUUCGGGAUUUUCCCUCAAAGCUUCCCCAUAAUAGUGAGAUUGGGUAGUUGCAGCCUAACUGUUAUGAGUAAUCAGUUAUCUUGGCGAUGAGAACGUCUUUUUAUGUCAAGUGUAAAUACAUCACAGAGUUUACUCGUUAGAUUUUCUCUCUUAUAUGAUAUUCUCAGCCUUAGAACAACUUCUAGACGUGUUUUUAACACCAUUAACCUUUAAGUAGUUUGUGGUGUGACUUCAAUAAUACAUUACAUUCAACUUAGGGAGUUUAGAUCUACAGUUAUCUCAUUAACUUCCUCCCUGGAAACGUACACUUGAUUUUAACAUUCCAAACCUUUUAGUUAUGUAAUGCUACCAGUUCUUCGGAAACAUCUUCAGGUGGUUACUGGCGUCUCCUAUGUAACCAAAAUUUUACCUUAGUGUAUAGUGCUGUCCAACACACCUGCUCCUAGAUAGGUUUUAGAAUAUCAGAAAAUACUUAGUGGCAGGAGUUAUUAAAACUAAGCAACCUUAUUUUGGGAUUACUUUGGUUGUCAAUGUGUGAAGAUAUGUCAACUUCUGGAAUUUGUGGUCAAUUUAAUCAUUUAUUUGCAUAUUCUUAAACUAAUUGAAGCAAAAUAACCCUUAGUAUCAUCUAAAGCGCUCACAAAAUCCUUUUUUUAAUGUUUCGCCUGCGCUCAAACCCUUCACUUUUUAUAUACCAAAACUGUAUCAUUUGCACAUUCAGUCCUCAAAGAAACAUCUAGGUUAGAGCCCUAACUCUGAGAAGUCGAAUGUAAUUCGAAUAAUGUACAAUAUAUUUGGCUAAAACACUAACUUUUUAGACCACUGAGCCGGCAUCCAACGGUGUUAAUGUCUAACUUCAACCAAUCCACGAAGUUGCGCCACCGUACACCAUUGUCUUUAGUGAGUUGUUAUCUCACAACAGACCGGUUGAACUCCACUGGUAACGGCUUCUCACUAGAACUCCAGGAGUUUUUCUUGAAGUCAGUCACUAAUGAGCAGUUGAUUAUUAUCAGAAUGGGUUGUGUGGAGAAUUUUACUUUGUAGUCAACUCUGAUUUCAAUAACUCAUAUACUGUUACAUAACCUUGUAAACUCGGUUAGUAAUUCUAGUAAUGCAUGUGUUUGAUACUCCGACUACUUUCGUUUAAUUUUGUCAAAAUGUGACUGCAUGAUAAAAUUCGUGAGAACUCUGGUGCAUAUUGACCAGGUUCUACUUUGCUUAUGAUUAAGCAAUCUUAGAUCUCUAGCAAUUAUACUCAGACUUAGAAUACCACCAAAUAAUUGUAUUUGCCAACUAGUUUUCUGCUCACAGAAUUUUUUAUCUAACUACUUUUCUUUUGUUUCAACAUGUACGUUAAACUUACUGACCUUUUUUAAUACUAGAAUUCAUAGUACUCUGGAUUCAUUAUAUGGUCUAGUUCGGAAAUUGUACCAAUUAACUAACUAAUUUUGGAAAAAUGGUAUCCGAUAAUCUCUCCAACAAUCUAAUAACAGAAGAAGAAGCUGAAUUGUAUGACAGACAAAUAAGACUAUGGGGCAUAGAAUCACAAAAUCGACUCAAACAGUCUAAAGUUUUAUUACUUGGUAUGAAUGCAUUGGCUGCAGAAAUAGCUAAAAAUAUUGUUCUGGCGGGUAUCUCCAGCCUCACAAUUAUAGAUGGUCAACAAGUCACUAAUGACGAUUUGGAAAACAACUUCCUUAUACCACGUGAUUCUGUUGGACUAAACCGUGCCGACGCGGUUAUUGGUCGUACUCAAAGCCUGAAUCCAAUGGUUAAAGUACAAUCUUCUGAGCUGGGAGAUGAUCUAAAAGAUAAAUUUCAAGAAUAUAAUUUGAUCAUCCUUAUAACCGAAUGUUCAAGUGUUCAUUUUAAACAAUGGUCAACUAUAUGUGGCAUUGUGAGUAGUAUGGACAUAGAUACAAGACCAUAUAUAAUAUGUGCAUCAGUAACUGGAUUGUUUGGACUCGCGUUCAUAGAUCUCGGCGCACAUGAAUGUUUGUCUGAAGAUGUGGUAGUAAAGAAAAGAUCAAUGGCAGAAUUAUCAUCUGGUUCAAUUCAAAAGAUAAAUAAAGCUAGCGAACCAUCAAAUACAGAGACGGUACUUGUAAAAAAGACAUUCAACUAUUGUCACCUGUUAGACAGUUCAUGUCUUAUUUCUAACAUGUUAAAAAAUAGAUCACAUGCUAAAUAUAUUCCCAAAGGAUAUUUCCUUAUGCAAGUUUUAAGCCAAUGCUCUAUCGAAGAAGCACCAUUUACCUUACCAUAUUUACAAUCCCAAUGGCAAAAGGUAUCAAAGAUUCUGGAUGUAGAUGAAACAAUUCUUUCCAUUGAAGAUUUAGAAUGUUGCUCUGGUGCUACAAUCCCAGCUGUUAAUCCAGUACUUGGUGGUGUUGUGUCCCAAGAAAUAAUCAGGGCUAUAACACGAAAAGGUGCACCGCAUGGAAACUGGUACUUUUUUAAUGGAUCACAGUGCUCAGUUACUGUCGAUUGGUUACCGCCAGAUGAAAAGUCAUAA